AUGCAAAAUCCAUAAUUUAAACCGACUUUCUUCGACGACCCCGAUGAUUUGGAUAUCGAAGCAGCCAAAAAUCUCAGAGUCGAUAUCGUCCCGGUUCACUGGCCUGCCUCUUCCUUUGCCAGAUCGUCUAGUCCGGUGCCAUCUAAUUCUGGGCUUCUAUCUCCUGAAACAAAUAACCCAACCCAACUUCCGGUUCCAUCGCAAUCAGAAGCAUCACCUCUACACUCACAUCCUAGAAUAUCCAAGGUGGCUGCUUCAGAACACAGUGGACGGACCGAACGCCUAAUCUCGGUUGAAGUUCAUGAUGCUUAUGCUUGGUCCGCAUGCCUCUGCUUGACUUCUGCUCUUAGUCCUCCAGGUUUGCAUUUUCGUUUCUUUAUCUUCGCACUUGCUCUCGAAAAUUUUUGUCCGCCCAUUCUUAUAUUCUCUUCCCUUAUCCUACUUGAUGUCGAUUUUCUAAUUGCUGCUUCUCUGCUUCUAUAA